AUGCCGGAUAGUUGUUGCGUGCCUUUGUGCUGUAAGAGUGGUUAUCGUGUAGGGCCGGAUUGGAAAAAGAUCACGUAUCAUUGCCUUCCAUCGGAUGCUGUAAGACUGAAGGUACUACUUUCAAAAUUAUCGUUCAUUAAACCUAUCGUUUCAGAUUUCUGACAUUUCUCUAUACGAGAUAUAUUUCAGGAGUGGCUUGUGAAAAUUCGACGAGACGUAUCUCCAGCAUUUCAGAUAACUGAACGAACUAAAAUCUGCUCCUUGAAUUUCAAGAUAACUGAUUUUCGUGUAACCUUGACUGGUCGUCGAUAUUUAAAGGACGAUGCUAUUCCGUCUAUCUUUUCAUGGUCGGCAGCAUCCCCUAAGCGAAAAUCACCAUAG